CUCUCUUACCGGGAGGGGAUGGAACCCCCAUCGUCGACAUCACUGCAGCUUCACCUUCACCUGGAAUCGAAGCCCCGGGAACGCAGCUGUCAAACACACACACACUAUUUACAUUUGCGAUAGGCUUUCGCGACUUUUUGACGAUCAAAGUGUGAAGGGCCGGCUCCACCAGGCAAACACCCCCCCCCCCUGCCCUCCCCGCGCUGUGGAAGUUCCCGGCCCACUUCCGGUGGAAGGCCCAAAGCCGCGGGCGGAGAUAAAAACAUCGGCGGCAGCGCUGGAGGCCUGCGGCAGCGAGAGGGAUGAGAGGAGGCGGCUCUGUGGCCUGGGCUGCUGAGCGCAGGGACAGACACAGCCGGAGGCAGCAGCCACUGCAGCACUAAAGCAGGCAUCCAGCCUGGGCGAUGGCUCUGUGCGGGGCGGCGGCGGCCGUGGCCGAGAUUCUGCCGUGCGAAGUCAUCGUUCACAUCUUCUCCUUCCUGCCCCCCUGGGACCGGCUUCGGGCCUCGUCCGUCUGCUCCAGGUGGCGAGAGUGCCUCUUCUACCCGUCUCUGUGGCCCGAGCUGCGGCUCCGCCUGCGCGGCUCAGAGGCCGAGCGCUGCCGCCUUGACUUCCUCAUGAAGAAGUGCGGCUCGUUCGUGCGGGAGCUGCGGGUGGAGUUCGAGGGCAGCGGCUCUGAGAGUGCGGCGGAGCUGGGUGCCGGGGAGCUGGUCACCCUCAAGGCCUACGUGGACGAGAUGGUGUGCGUCUUGAGGAGUAUCCGGAGCAAUCGCAACCUGCAAAAGCUGAGCGUUUUCGGGGACAUCUACCUGCAGGAGCAGGGGGAGAAGCAGCCGCACGAAAUCCAACAAUUGAUUGAAGAGCUAUUGGGAAAUUCCAAACAUCUGAAAUGGCUCUCCCUUGGGUUUAUGAUGGAGGUAGUAACUCCCACAACAUUAGCAGCCUUGCCUCAGUCCAGUGCCAAUUGCAUUGAACACCUGAGUCUCCUGGAUACCCAUUUUAUUAACAAAUCCCCAGUUGUUGAGGCAGUUGAGCUGGAGCGCUUUUUAAACCUGCGAUCGCUUGCAUUGGAUUUCUGCGAUUUUACUGCUGAUGUGACACGAGUACUCGCCAACAGCAACCAUGUGCCUUUGCAUAGGUUGUCUCUCUUGAUGUCCAACGUACAUGUUUUAGAUAACAUGCCACAAGAUGCAGAUUGGAAGGUGCUUACCAGGCACUGUGCAAAUCUUCAUGUUUACAUCAUGGCUUUUAAUGUCAGGAAUGACAUUUUACUAAGAAUUCUGAAGCCGAGUAUACCUUUAGAGAGAAUUCAUUUUGACAGCUCAACUAAUGGUAUUUCAGGUGAUGUGGUAGAUCUCAUAACCCAGCAGUAUAACAAAUCCCUUACCCACCUCCUCCUAAUAAAGGAUGUAGAGCAAGGCAUCAAUGGUUUUCCAGAUGUCGGCAGUGACCGAAAUGAAGACCCCAUGGUAAUUUUGGCAUGGAAGUGUAGAAAACUCUCUCACCUCUCAAUCCAUGGAUAUGUUGUUUGGGCCCACAAUCUCAUUGCUAUCGCUCGGCUUCGUGGACCAGGACUGCAUGUCCUGGAAGUCACUGAGGAGAGCAUUAAUUUUGAUGCUGCGAUGACUCCCCUGGAUGGGGAUCCUAUGCAUAAUCUCAUUGAAGAAGUAUCCUUAGGUUUGGGAAAGCGGUGGCAUCCAGUAAUGAAAAAUGAAAUUCUUUAUGUUUUCAGUGAGACCGCUCGUUAUUUUUACAAGGAAAUGCAGCGCUUCAGUGAAGGCAUUUAGCAUUUCAAACUUGUGUAUUAGAGGGCCCUGCAUUUUCAAUAACUUAACAUUUACAUGUGCUGUUAAUUAGUAUUAGUUAUAUAUAAAGUGUGUAUCCUGCUUAAUCUGUAAAUGUAGUUGGUAUUGGUUUAGAAGUAGAUGUGGCAAGAGUCACUGGAUUUUCUCUGUCAGCGCCUGUGUCAACUGCCAAAGAAAACAGAAUGAAGAAGUGCCCACAUGCUGGCAGGGGCAGGCCAAUGGCUGGUCAGCCAGAACCUACGAGUUUAAAAGGUCGAAUUUUCGACCUGCGGUACACAGCUGUGCUGUGGCUCAGUCAACAACUUUACAGCUCUUAAACGAACGUGCACCUGGUUCACUGUGAAUAGUGAAUACAAAAAAAUCAGUUCUAACAAAGCUAUGAGCUGCUGCUAUGAUUUUGAGAACAUUCCACUAGGAUAACUUAAAUCUUGUUAAAGCAAGAGGCUUUAAAAGCCGCAAUGUUCAGGGCAACCGCGGGUACAGUCGUGGUCUCUGUGAGACUAGCACCUGACCCCAGUUUUAAGUGGUACGAAUGUUGUGCAUUUAAUGUAAGGACAGCCAGUAUUACUCAGUGUGGCCAUCAUGCUGCCCAGCAGUGCUGUGACCUGGCUGCUUUGUAUAAGCUUGUAAAACAAAUUUACUGUAUGCAACAUAUGUCAAGAUUCUAUUUAUGAAGAAAGUGUGAGUGGUUGUUUCAAAUGGUUUUACCAUCUUGUGUCAAUGAUGCAUUUUGACAGGUGUGCAUUAUGUUGCAUGUCUCCAGUGAUUAAUGCACUUACCAUGCGGAUUUUAUAUGUACAUCUGUAGAGUGGAUCCACUGGUGCAAUGUAUGAAAAUGCCAGAUGUGGUGAGAUUUUAUCAUUGAAUGAGAUCAUAUGAAAUACUGACAGAAAAUGUGAGGAAAGCAGUUGAAUGUUAAAUUAAUGUUUAAGUUUGUGUUGACUGUUUAUUGUUUAAUCUAUCAAUAAAGCAUUCAAAUUACUUAAUGUUUAGUGCUAAAGUUUUGGGAAUUUACAAUAAAGUUGAGCUAUAUCAUGUGCACAUGGCAAAAAAUGCAUGUGCUGACAGUAAAAUACAUUUGGUUUUCAAAUGUUUUUAGCCUUUUGCAUACUUUACUGCAAAUAAUACAGUAAAUGUAUGGUUACAAGCUAUAACAAUUGAUUCCUAUUCCUUAAACCAUGUUUUUUUUUGCUGGAAAUCUCUAAUGCUUCCUGAAAUAUUUGCACAUCAAAUAGAAAAUUGUAUUCCUGGUGGGUUUUUACCAUAACUAGAUAAAGAUAAAGUUGAAUUUGUCCCAGAUGACCUCCAUAGGGAGAGAGAUGACUAGUGAAUUUUAACCUGAAUGUCACCAUGUCAUGAAGGUAGGACCUUCAUGGUGACUUUAGUGUAAAUUGAACCUGUGCUAUUAGUGUCACCCUCCAUCACUAAUGAGCUAUUAUGCCACACAUUCCAUUACUUUAAAAUUUUGCUGAUAGGAAAAAAUUCCAUCUUUUUGAAGACUUCUAGCAUUUAAACUCUUUAAAUAGCUUGCCUGUUUUGAGUUUGAAAACAAUGUGGUGUAGUCCUUUUAACUAGGUGAAGGAAAGGGGGAAAAAUGGCACUGGAAGCUACUGAGGGACUUGAGUAUGUAUGGACGUAAAAUGCAUUUUUUAAGCAUAGAACAUGGGGAAUGAGGUAAUUCUUUAAAUCAAGAAUAACAUGGAUUUAGAAUUUGGAUGGGGUGUUCCAGUGGUGCUAAUUCUUUUGUUCCCUGCUUUUGUGUUCCACUUGAUACUGUUCCUUCAUUCCAGAUUAACUAUUGGACAGCCUUUCCUAAUGCGCCUUUUUUGGUGUAGCUAUGCCACCUGGACUACAGAAGUCAUGACUCUCCCUCUCUACCUUUUUUAAGAGCAAUUAUGGCCACAAAUGUUGGCAGACCUAGUGAUGCUCACAUUGUGUGCAAAUUAACAACUUUGUGGGGGGAAGAAAUUGAUGUUGGGACUCUGAUAUAUCCAGUACACUUCAGCUGUACAAUGCAACUUGCAUUGAUUUGCAAACUGGUGUAAGGUCCUAUUUACAGUUAAGUUAAUCCAGUGAGCAAUUUUUUGUUUGAACAAAAUCAUUUUGCACCUCCACCAUGGUUUGAGUAUUCAUGGAUCCUCUUCCUGAUUAACCACUAAAAUAGAUGUGUUUUACUGUCAAACUUUGAGAUUGCUUAACUCUUAUCUAACCUAUUGCAUUGGUGUUUAACAAGUAACUUUUGAUAGGUUUACUAUAUCUUCAUACUUGCUACUGAAGCAGAUUUAAGGUCUUAGUUAGGGGUGGAGAAUUGUUUUUGCUUUUGAACUUUGGCUUUUGUUAGCUGAACCCUAAGUUCAUCCAACAGUUGUUCUUCCCUCUCCACAUGGCUUUGUUCAGCAGACAUUUUUCAGGCCAUUAUUGAACUCUUAUAUUCCCACCUGACUGAGUAUAACUAGGUGGGAUAGCACAUUGAUUUAAAGGUUGCAAAGGCAGUGACUUGAAGCACUGCUUACUGUUUCUCCACCACCCAUUUCAGAUUGAGUUUUUAACAUUUAGCCCUUUAGUCUAUCAAUAUCACUGAGUUUUAAACAAGUGAUCUUUAGAAUUGGCAAUAAAGAAAAUAGCACUAACCUAACUAAAUUAUUAAACAACUUGCUUUUUCCACUUCACUCUUUACAAUUUACUUUUAAUCUAUUUGAUGUCCUGCACUGACGCUCCCAGUGCAAAGAUGUGAUACAUGCAUAUAAAUUUUGACCGCCACAGAAAUGGCACACAAGGGUGGGUUUCUUCAAUGUUGCCUAUAGUCAUUUGACUUCACUUGUUCAGUCAGUCUAUGACCCACUUCUGGUGGUAGGUGGGACUUGAACCCAGACCUUCUAGCCCAGAGGUAGAUAUUCUACUAUGCCACAAAAACCUAUUAUAUAUUUUAUUCCUAGGAUGUGAAAAAUCACCUCUUUAAAAAGACAAAUGUUCCAUUAUUUGCCAUUCAACAAACUAAUCAAUAGUUGAAAGUGCUUCAAAUGGCUAUGAUGGAAACUAGCUAUAACUUCUAGAAUUUGUCUAGGAAUACCAGAGUUGGCUUUAGAUAAACUGUAGUAAGUGACAAAUUUUCAUUCAAUGUGAAGUAGCUUUGAAAUGUCAAACGAGUUCAAGCAGAAAAGGUGAUUUGUAGAACUAGUCAAAGUUGUAAAAUCCCAUAACUGAUUACCUUCAUUCCAAUGUAUAGAUGUCUGUAUGAAAAAUUACACAUCUAAAAAGUUGUUUAAAU